ACGUAGGACUGCGGCCUAUUUAUGGAUAUAUUUUUCUAUUUCAACGUUUUGCACAAUUGUGUGUAAAGAAUAUAAUGGGUUGUCUGUCUUCAAAUAUUUCUGAUCUUUGACCUGUGCUGGUCGUUGUGGAGGACUUGAGCGAUGCAGCUUAAUUUGACAAGGAAUUCGAGAAUAAAAAGAAUAAAACUCGUACAACGCAACCACACAGACCUACGAAUACACGCCUUGAAAACUGGACGAUUGUUGUUUGCUGAGGUGAGUGGGUAGUCAGUCGCGUUAACUGAUGUCACUGAUGAUGAAAUCAGUGGGUAAUGUCACUUGACGUCACUGAUGAUGUAACGUUGCGGUAGCUGCCAGCACGUCAGAACAGCAUGGACGACACCAACGCAUCCAGAAUGUGCCCUAGGUUCAUUGUCUAUGUGAAAGCAGCAACCAAUGGGGAAACUCUGGGAGACUGUCCUUUCUGCCAGCAUGUCUGCAUGGUGAUGUUCAUGAAAAUGCCAGAAAAUUUAUACAUAGUCUACCCAGUGAACCUACAAAGAAAGCCAACUAAAUUCCUUGAGCUCAAUCCUCUGGGCAAAGUUCCAGUCCUUGAAGACACGGAGAUGCAAGUUGUAGUUAAAGAAUCAUUCAACAUCGUUUCAUACAUCCAUAACAUCUUUCCUCUGCCUAAAAUGUUUGUGGGCUACAAAGGCCGAGCCAAAGAUUUCUGUGCAGAAAUAUUUCCUAUGCUGGUGACAUUGCUGAAAAACAAGGAUCCAAAAUUAAGGAAGGAGCACCUAGAUAACCUGCUUUCAGAACUGUCCAAACUGAAUGACUACCUACUCAGUUACCAUAAAACUGGUCCCUACCUCCUGGGACCCAACCUCAGUGAUCUGGACUGCACACUCCUACCGCAACUUCGUCAUGUCUUGGUGGCUGGCCAUUAUUAUCAGAACUUCUUGGUUCCAGCAAAGAUGGUGCCACUUCACAUGUACCUAAUGCAUGGCCUCGCAUGCAAGGCUUUCCGUCGCACGUGUUGUCCUGUCGACGAAAUCAUCAAGGGCUGGGCUGUCCAUAAGAUUGACCUGAUUGAGCCUGUGAAGACUUUCCAACUUCUCCAGAAGCCCUCUUUAAAACAUCUGCGGCACAAGCAUGCUAAGCCCUAAUGCUUUAUGAAAUGUGAAGGUCUGUGAAAUUGCAUCAGCAUAGUCUCUGCCAUUUGACACAUAUAUAUAUAACAUGUCGAUUGAAAAUCUGGUGUUUUUACAAAUCUAUCAUCAGUUUCCCAUAUCCAAUG